AUGCUCCUCACCUUGAAGCCUUUCAAGGACGGAUCACCCCAUGGCGUCGUCUCGCCCGGGGUUACCUCCGCCCGCCUCCCUCGCCUUACCGCCUCCCGACGCCGCCUUCACCAUGACUCCGGCCACCCAACACCGCCCCGCCGUCCCGCCCCGCCCCCGCGACCGACCCACGAUGACGCUUCUCAGCAUUACUGGCAGGCCCGCGCCGAGGAGGAUCGGAGACGACAGGAGGAGGAGAGAACCCGUCAGGAAACCCUGCGUCUGGAACAGCGUCGCGUCGAACAAAGCAUGCUCCGCGACUCCCUCCAGGCGGGCGUCCCCCCGCACAUGGUGCCGCUCAUUUUCGCCGGUCUCAACCCCGGCGCAGCGGCCCCGACCCUACUGGAGUGGUCCCACCCCUACCCCCCGCAGCUGACCCCGACGGCCCGCGCUCCCGCCGCCCCGCCCUCGCUCUCCCUCUCGCCCCGAUCUCCCCCGCGCCGGUCCUCCCACCUGCGCCGCGAAUCGCGCUCCGCUCUCCCGCAUCACACCUACCCGGGUCCACCGCCGCCGCCUGUUCGUGCCCCGGGCGUCCUCCUCUCGCAGCCCCUGUCGUCCUCCACUGCCGUGUCUCCGACUCCGUCGUCCCUCGGUCGUCCGACCCCCGCCGGCGGGGCCCCCGAAUCCCGCGCCGGAUCCCGCGCCCCCUCGACGGACGGCCCGGCGCCCUCGCGGCCCAUCAACCUCAGCCACGUGCACUACGCUCCGGGGUCCUCCGUCCCGUCCACCCACUCCAGCCCGGGCCCGGCGGACAGUGCCCACCCGCGCCAGUCUCCGCCCGCCCUCUACUUCCACCACUGGGUUCCCCCGGGGCACUCGCUACCUCACCCACCGUCCGGCCGCACCCACCCCGAGUCCCCGGGGACCUCUAGCUCCCGGCGGUUCGAGCAUCCGAGCUCGCCGGGCCGGAAGCGCAAGGCGUCUGGACCUCACCCGCCGGUGCCCCCGCCCUCCAUGCGUCUCUCGGCGAGCCCAGCGCGGGAGGCCUCCCGCACGAGGCCCCCCGAGGUGUCUAGUCCGGCGUGGGAUCGCCGUCGGACCGAGGACCUCGAACGCCCGCGAGACCCGCCUCCACCUCGGCCCCGCGUCUCGCCGCCGGCGCCGCCGGCCCACCGACCGCCGGCUACGAGCCCCGAAACUGCGCCCCGUGAACGCGACCCGAGGAGCCCUCGACCGGCUGUCCAGCACUUCCAGCACGCCCCCGCCUCAGCAGAACCGGGGGAGGACCGACCCCGACCCGGCGCGUGAUGCAUGCUGAUGACAUUUCCAUUCUUUCUUCCCUCAUCUUCUCUUUCUGUGACCUCCCUCCUCGAAUCCAUCCCAUACCCCAACCAUCGGUACAUCCGCGAUGUACCCCGCCUCGACUGGUUCGCGGCACAGACAAACCACGGUAGAGGGUGGAUAUGGAUCAUCCAACAGCGGGAAUGUUGGAUGAACAAUAUAUAUAGAUUGUUUCUUUAGACGGUACAACCUUAUAAACGCGGUUGACGGAUGGGUAUCGCAAUAGCAUGCAUGAUCGGUCGUUGACCGCUCGCUUUCAUCCUUGAAGGAGGGGGCGUUGUAUUGGAAGUAGAUUAGACGAGCUCGACUGUUGAAUCUGGACGGUGAUUCUCUGUUUGGGAAAGGAGUGCUUGAUUACUUUCGAUCUGU